CUAACUGAAAACGUACAAAUGGAUGACGAGGAGUUAUCAGCAGCUACGUUGGAAUCCGUGAAAGCACCACAGAGCGGCUGUAGUGUGAAGGGAUGUGUGUGAGACCAAGCCGGACUUCUGUUGUGUUGUUUGUGUGCUUAAUCGAUGGAUUGGUCUGCUAGCUCGGCCCUGCUGGGGGGUGGUGGCAACAAAUACACCGCUGCCCCCCCGGGUCCGCGCUUCACCCACCAGCUGAACACCGCCUCACCUGUGGUUCCAAGGGUUGUUUCCAUAGUGACCAGCCUAGUGACCGCCACCACGGAGGCCACAGUGGGAAACACAGGAAACACGUCCACAUUUGGCGGACAGAGAGGGGGCGAGCUGAGCGCGGUGGAGAGUAACUCGGUCCUGCAGGGCGUCGCCGUGGCCACGCAGGCUCUGGUGCUGCUCUGCAUCUUCCUCCUUUCCAGCCUCGGAAACUCGGCGGUGGUCAUCGUCAUCAUCAAACACAGACAGCUCCGGACGGUGACCAACGCCUUCAUCAUGUCGCUGUCGCUGUCCGACUUCCUCACCGCCGUCCUGUGUCUGCCCUUCUCUUUCGUCAUGCUCUUCAGUAAGGACGGUACCUGGAUGUUCGGUGACGGUUUCUGCGUGGCCAAUGGAUUUUUCAACACCUGCUUUGGCAUCACCUCGACCCUGACUAUGACUUUGAUUUCCUUUGACAGGUACUACGCCAUCGUCAGACAGCCCCAGGCUAAAAUUGGCCGCCAGAAAGCCACCCAGUUGUUGAUAGCUGUGUGGCUAGCUGCGGUCAUUUUCUCCCUGCCUUGGUAUCUGUUGGUCCGUAACCCUCCGGAAAUCCAUAAGCCGGGUUUCUACCACUGUAUGUAUGUGUUCCACUCCGGGACCUCACGCAUGGGGACUACAUAUAGCCUCAGCCUUAUCAUCGUGUGUUACUUACUGCCCUUCUCCCUCAUGUGUUUUUGUCAUUAUAACAUCUGUAAGACGGUUCGUCUCUCUGAGACCCGAGUCAGGCCUGUCACCACGUAUGCGUACUUGCUACGAUUUUACAGUGAGAUGCGAACAGCCACCACAGUCCUCAUUAUGAUUGUUUUCAUCAUUUUUUGUUGGGGUCCAUACUGUUUAAUGGGGUUGGUUACAGCAUUGGGAGAUUACACAUUCAACCCUGCGAUGGACACAGUGGCUAUCUGGCUAGCUUGGGCAAAUGGAGCCAUCAACCCCCUGAUCUAUGCCCUGAGGAACCCCAAUAUAUCCAUGCUAAUGGGGCGGAGCAGAGAGGAGGGCUAUCGGACCAGAAAUAUCGGUUCAUACCUUUCCAACCAAACGCAGAACCGCGAGGCUCGGAUUAACCAAGCGGAAAGGAUAAGGGACCGCUACGUGACUCGUAUAGGGGUGAAUGACAACAGCCGAUUGUCCAGCUCGAGUCCUGCUAAAGGAGGCGAAGUGGCGAUGUGGGCGUGUAAAAACCCCGCUGUGUUCUUCUGCAGGGACGCUCAGCCCGACACGGUUACACUCGCCAACUCUGACAGUGCUCCGAAGAUGAAGACGGCUGACACCAGCCUGUGACAUUCUGAGAGAAUAAUUGCUUUCUCUGAUCUGUAUUUGCUGCUGCCACCAGUUUGUGGCAAGUUAGGAAAUACCUGAUAGUAUUUAUGUGUAUUCAGUACACACACUCGGAAAUGUUUAGGAUUCAAUCCACCGUUUGAUCAGAUUUUUUUCCAGGAAUCAAAAAGAUUAUUUUAGCUCUUCAUGUAUUACUAUUAUAUUAUGUUACACUGUGUGAAGACAAAGGUCAGGACUGUGAACACUCUAUUUUGACUUAUUUUAUACAAGAACGUCUGGAAUUCCCUCAUUGAUAAAGCAUGGAGCGAAAUGCAAAGCAUUCGUGUUAAAAACAUGACAAGCUUGUUAUUGUGUUACAAAAGUCUUUGUGUCAUUUCGUAUGUAAUUCAAAAGCUAGGUCUUUCACAUUUGAAAGAACCACAGUGAAUUUCAUCCACAAAUCCUGGACAGCAGGUGAUACUGCAAGCCUGGUUGUUAUUUGCAGUGCUGGGUUAGGGUUAGGGUAAAGGUAAGGGUAAGGGUUAUCUCAGAUCUCCAAAGCACCUGUCAGUAUGUACAGUUACCAUUCCAGGGACGUGUUCAAACCACCAACUACUGUCUCUCAAACAUCUGGAAACCAGCCUCAUCGUAAACCAGUUUAUGCACUGUUAGAGCAGGGUUAUAAUGAAUAGGAUGGUCCAAAGAAACUUAAAGGCAAAGUUCUCAAAUGUUUUCCCAAGACCGCUGUAAAGUUCUCAUUCUCUUUAUACAUCCAUGAAGUCGCGCAGAGCUACGUUGGUGUGGAAGUGGGCGUGGUUAAAUCUCAACUGGGUUUGAAAAACGAUAGACGCAACCAGGUCAUUAUGGUCAUGAGGUGGUACUACUGUAGGUUAUCUCCCUAACACUAACUAGUUUUCAGUUGCAUACAUUUAACCCUAGGAACCCUAACUCUAAGAAGUUGUAUACCAGAAACUGUGAAUAUGAGUCGUCAUAUGUUUGUUUCGGACAUGUUCUUAUUAAAUAUUCAAACUCAUACCUGCGGAUAUAAUAUAAAAAUGACUAUAUUUUGUAUUACCCUUUUAAUGUUGACACGGGACCAGUUAGGGUGCCUCUAAUCCCCCACGUCCACUAAUGGGAGUACCAUUUGAGUUCCGUGUUUAGGCUAGUGCUGGUUCAGAGUUGGGUCAACUUGCAAACCUCUUAAGAACCCGUUAGCUAAAGCCAGAGAGGAGCCACGUCAUGACGUCAAGGGGUAAGCUGCCUUUCCUACAAAUGCCCGAAAGAUUUUCCUGUCAAUGACGGAAUGCGUCCAAGCUGUGCUCAUGUUACUCUCACUCUUACAAAACAAGAUUAAAUUGUAUUCUAGAAAAAACAGCAAUCUUUGUUUUUGCCUUCAGCUAUUGCUGAAUCUCUUGCAAGUAGGAGAACAUAGAUCCAUCCUCUGUGAGCCACUGCUUCGCCUUUGCUGCAUUCGUCUUUGUCGCUG